GUAAAAAUGAACGCUUAUAAUUCUUGGUCCUUAUGCUUGAUUUUCAAACAUAGGGAAGGGAAGUGAAAAUCACCAUGUAGUUACCUUUGCAGAAGUAUUUACCUAUUACUCCUUUGUUGCUAGGAAGAACAGAGGAGAAAACCAAGAAUUCGAAGAAUACCUACUGCAUCGACACAUAGACGAGCACGCCUCAUCUUGCUCUGCUUGAUGUGGAUGCGCUUUCGGUCACACGAGCCUUAUUCGGAGACCAUAUCGACUAAAAAUAUACAGACUGUUGAAUUAGACGAGAUAUAGUACAUACAGUCAUGGCGAGCGCCGCCUCUAUUCCCAUCAUCGACAUUUCCGGAGGCGGGCUGCAAGGAGACUCUACUCACGUAGCCAAACAGCUUGUUGACGCAGCAGCCGAGCAUGGUUUCGUAUAUGUUAGGAAUACAGGCCAUGACAUUUCCUUUGCUCAGAUUCAGCGAGCAUUCGACAUUUCGAAAACCCUCUUCCAAUCACCGCUGGAGGACAAACAACGAUGCACAAUAGAGAAAAACAACCAGGGCUGGUCAGGAAUGCACACUGAGACGUUAGACCCUAAGACCCAGCCGGUAGGAGAUUACAAAGAAGGUUUCAAUUUUGGGGCCUUUGCUGACAGCAAAGCCACCCAACCCAUACCGCGAAGCAUUGAACCGUAUCAAACUGAUCUUGCCAUUUUCCGAGAUUCAUGCCACACUCUUUGCCGCAAAUUGUUGCUAUUAUUUGGGAUUGGGCUCGGAGUUGACCCGCCAGAGUUCUUUACUGCGGUACAUACUCCAGACGAGCCAUCAGGGUCCAUCUUACGAUUCCUCUACUAUCCACCCCCAAAUGCGACGCCAUCAGCACAAGAAGCCGACGUGAGAGCAGGCGCACACUCUGACUAUGGCUCGGUGACGCUACUAUUUCGACUUAGGGGUCAAGCCGGGUUAGAAAUCCUUACACGUACAGGUGGCUGGGCAGCGGUCCCUGUUUGCCCACCCGGAACAGAGGAUGAUCCCUCACCUCCCAUCUUGGUCAACAUCGGGGACUUGCUCUCAUAUUGGACAAACGGACUACUGCGCAGUACUGUUCAUAGGGUAACCUUUGCAGGUUCUAAAGCGGAAAAUGGUACUAAUGCCGUCGAACUCGUGGAUGGCGAGUCGACGACAGAUCCACGUUACUCUAUUGCCUACUUCUGCCAUCCCGCCAAUGAUACACCGCUUGCCGCCAUACCAAGCGAGCGUGUGCGCAAUUUUCAGAAUGGGCUAGCCACUGCCAAUGCAGGAAACCCAUAUGCUGAACGCAAAGUCUUAACCGCAGAAGAGCAUUUGAAGAUGCGGCUUCGUGAAACGUAUCUGCAAAUGUAUGGCAGCGAAAAACAGAACCAAGAAGCUUAGGCUUAGUUAAAGAUGAUCUUUAGUUUAAGAAGUUUCUAGUUUAUAGUUUGACUACCAUCUCUACUCCUCACAUUUUGCAUUGCACAUUCCUCUCGCGGACUCCGAAAUUUUUGGUAUAGUUUCAUCUAUCUCGCGCGGAUUUCACUUCAACCUUCAAUACUAUAUACGUUUGAAACGAGACUCAUGGGUGGUGAUCA